GUAUAUGUAAUGUAAAUAAAUAUUUUGAUAAAUAUUGUAAUAAUUGUGUGAAUGAUUAGCCGUAAUAUCAAGUGAUUGCAGACCUCGUAAGCGAUGGCCAACCGCACCAUCAAAGACGCUAAGACUAUACACGGAACUAAUCCACAGUAUUUGAUAGAGAAGAUCAUCAGAACCAGGAUUUAUGAGAGCAGAUACUGGAAGGAGGAAUGCUUUGCUUUGUCAGCCGAACUUGUGGUCGACAAAGGCGUUGAAAUGCGAUAUAUCGGUGGUAUAUACGGCGGUAACGUAAAGCCAACGCCAUUCCUGUGUCUUGUGCUGAAACUGCUUCAGAUCCAACCCGACAAAGACAUAGUUAUUGAGUUCAUCCGUCAGGAAGACUUCAAGUAUGUCCGAGCUUUGGGUGCUUUUUAUUUGCGACUCAUCGGUACGUCAACUGAUAUCUACAAGUAUUUGGAACCACUUUAUAACGAUUACCGCAAAUUGAGAAGAAUGGGGAAAAUGGGAACUUUUGAUGUCAUACAUAUGGAUGAGUUCAUCGAUAUAUUACUUCGAGAGGAUCGUGUCUUUGAUGUCAUACUUCCCCGCAUUUUGAAGCGUCACGUUCACGAAGAGAGUGGAGAACUUGAAACGCGAGUCAGUAUUCUUGAUGAAGACUUAGAGGCGGGCGUAACGUCUGAAGAAGACCAGUCUAAUGAUGAAUCAUAUGAGACAUCUCGUCACGAGCGGCGCCAUAGAAGCAGAUCUCGAUCACCAUAUAAACGACAUAGAAGUAGGAGCCGAUCACCUCAAAAGUCUCGGAGAUCGAGAUCACGUUCGCGUGAGAAACGAUCUGAAAAAGAUAGAGACAGAGAUCGAAGAGAUAGAGAAAGAAGGCGUUCCCGAUCGAGAUCACCAAAGAAAGAUAAGAGCGAUAAAAAACGAGAUAAGAAGUUAAAGGAAAAGAAAGUUAAGAAAGAUAAGGACAAACCCGUCGAUGAAAUCGCAGAAGCAAAUGCUUUGAGGGCUAAAUUAGGACUCAAACCAUUGAGACCUUAAUUUGUUUUUUUUUUCAUUUAAUUUACUUUCAUUACUACCGAUCAUUAAUAGUAAAUAAAUUUUGACAU